UUCAUAACCGUUACAUAUUUUCUUUGUUGUACUUUGAAUUAUUAGGUUUUUUAAUCACAAUUUUCUGGGUAGCUUUUCCAAUUUGUCUCUUUUUGAUACUUUCAUUUUUAAAAAUUUAAAACUUUAAUCUAUUAAUUUUUAUAUUGUGUUAAAAUAUCCAUUACAUAAAAUUUACCAUUUUUAGGUGCACAUUUCCCUAGUAGUAUCUGUUGAAUUUUUAUACUUUUGGAAACUCAAAUUGUCUUAUCUGUUCCAUUUUAAAGAGGAAAUCAAAUGUGGAUUAAAUAUUUCUUAAUCCAGAGCCUUUUGAAUGAAAUGAGGAGAGCACUAAUCCACAUUUGCUUUCCUCUUAUGUCCGUACUUUCUAAUAAGAAAAUGUGAGCCCAGACACUUUUUGUGGUCUUUAAUUUCAUUCUUAUAUAAAAUUGGGAAUAUAGAUGAUAACUUAAUCAAUGUUACAUGAAAGGGGUCUAAGUUACAAAAUAUUCCUAUUUGCUUUAACACUGAAUCAGGUUUUUAAACUACUUAAUGUUCAAUUUGUCAUAAAAGUUUGAUGUUAUUUUUUGGUAUUAUUUUGUAUAUAUCAGACAAGAUUUCUAAGUUACAAUAAUAGGCUGUUCUCCAAAAUUGUUAAGCUAAAUUUCUAUCAGGAUGGGCUCCUGAUAGAGCCCAUCUUUAUGUCUUCUGCCCAGAUUGGUUUGGUUUAAGCUAUUGGACUGUGACUUUGACCUUCCAAGCCAUAUUCAUAAGAACAACAUAUGCUUCACUGUUGACAUGAAAAGACAAAACCAAAGCUCUGUGGUUGAAUUCAUCCUCUUGGGCUUUUCUAACUUCCCUGAACUCCAAGAGCAGCUCUUUGUGGUUUUCUUGGUGGUUUACCUGGUGACUCUGCUGGGAAAUGCCAUCAUCAUAGUCGUCAUCUCCCUGGAACAGAGCCUGCACGUCCCCUUGUACCUGUUCCUCCAGAACUUGUCUGUGGUGGAUAUGGGUAUCAGUGCGGUCAUUAUGCCUGUUAUGCUGGUGAUCCUUUCCACUGAGAAGAUGAGGAUUUUUACAGUGGGCUGUUUUGCACAAAUGUACUUCAUUCUUCUUUUUGGUGUGACUGAAUGUUUUCUUCUGGGGGCAAUGGCUUAUGACCGAUUUACUGCAAUCUGCCAUCCUCUGAGCUACCCAAUGAUUAUGAACAAAAUAGUUUUUGUGAAACUAGUUACAUUCUCAUGGGUCUCAGGGAUCACAGUGGCUACUGUGCAGACCACAUGGGUGUUUAGUUUUCCCUUUUGUGGCUCCAAUGAAAUUAAUCAUCUCUUCUGUGAGACUCCGCCAGUGUUAGAGCUUGCAUGUGCAGACACCUUUUUGUUUGAGAUCUAUGCAUUCACUGGCACCAUUCUGACAGUUAUUGUUCCAUUCUCAUUGAUACUCUUGUCAUAUGUUCGAAUUCUCUUUGCCAUCCUGAAGAUGCCAUCAACCACUGGGAGGCAAAAGGCCUUUUCCACCUGUGCCUCCCAUCUCACAUCUGUUACCCUCUUCUAUGGCACAGCCAGUAUGACUUACUUACAACCCAAAUCUGGCUACUCCCCAGAAACCAAGAAGCUGAUGUCCUUGGCUUACACGUUGCUCACACCUCUGCUGAAUCCACUGAUCUACAGCUUGCAAAACAGUGAGAUGAAAAGAGCUUUGAUGAAAUUAUGGAGAAGAAAAGUGGAUAUACAUACAUUCUGAGUGUGUUGAGAAACCAUGUGAUAUUUGGUCUUGUGUGACUGCACUGUACUUAAGUUUACUUAUGGUGAAAAUAGUUUACAUUCCUUUCUAUGAAUGUAUCAAUCUGUUGAGUUCUCCAAGUUUGAAAAUAUAUGAAGGAAAUAUAUCUCUUUAGAUAGUGUAUUCACAUUCAUUUUUCAUAGAUGUAUAACUUUGAUGACAUAUGAUAUAACAAUUUAUUUAUCAUUUCCUCUAUUGUGAACAUCCAUGUUGUUACUGGACUAUUGUCAUUAAGAUAAAACUUUAAUAAAAAACUUGAUCCAUAUGUUCAUAUGUGUUGAAAUUUUAUUUCUGUAUGAUAGAUUCCUUAAACUAAGCUUGAGAGAAUGAAGAAUAUGUGUAGUUAUAAAUUUUAAUAGCUGUUACAGAAUAAAUUUUCAAAAUCUUUGUAACUCCUUUUGACUGAUCUGAAGUCCCACUCUGGUGAAUUACUGAAGUAGAACACCAAGAGACCAACAAACAGAUGAGAUUUAAUCUCUAGAGUGAAAAGCUAUCCCAUGAACAUGUAAAGAAAGUUGAGUUAUUCUGGGAGACCAAACCGUUCUACUUAAGGGACUCACACAGAUUAUAAUUCAAAACAGAAUUUCUCUUGUUUCUGUUUUACAUAUUUAUCCAAUAUUGGUGACUAGAGAACUCCAUGGAAACUUCCUAAAGUCUUACUUGAUAAUAUUCAUAUCUUUUUCACUUGUAGACCACAGUUUUUAAGACAUUUUCUAAAUUUCCCUUUGUUGGCCUAAAAUGCCCCUGAUACCUUUCUUAUAAACAAUAGAUAAUUUUUUUUUCCUGUGGGAACCAAUAUGGUAAAUAAAUGAGCAUAUUUUCUAUGGUUACUGAGGCAGACCAUAAGUUGUGACCUUUCCAGCAUGAUUAAUUUCUCAUUUUGAAACAUUUGGAAGCUUUAAUGCUUGCUUCUAAUUUUAAUGUUGCUACUGAGUUGGACAGGACUUUGUGACUAAACAACUGUGAAUAGAGAAGGACCCUUUCAUUGAAUUGUGUUACAGGAGCUCCUACUGUCCUUAGUUUCUGCCCCAGAGAUAUUAGUAAAUGGGCAAAACAUCCUUUGCAUUUAAAUUUUUUUUUAAAUUUUGGCAGAAAACAGCCUUUAUGGACAACUAUUUCUGCCAAAAAUGAGUUGUGGAGAUAGAAACCUGAUUGUAUUUUUAAAAAAGGAUCCCUGUGAUGGGCUUGAUCGGGUAUGAAUCAUUCAAAGUACAUAUUAAGCAGGCCUCCCUAUGCCUGGUGAACUUGACACAUUUGUGCUUGGGGUGUUAUCCCAUCAUAAUGAAUGAUAUAAGAGGGAUCCUUGAAUUGGAUUCUGUGAUGAAAAUCCCUUCUCCUCAGCAUAAGUGGUACAUUUCCCACUGGACACAGAUUAGAUUGAAUGAAUUUCAAAGUGUUGUUGGCAAAUUCAUUGCUGCCAAGAGGGGUAAGCUUCCUUAGAGAAUGGAGCAAAUUGCUCAAGAAAAGCAGCAAUAAGAAGUAUACAACACACACACACACACACACACACACACACACACAAGAAGUAUACAAAGGGAACCUUCAUUCUGGCCUCAUCAUCUGGUUCUGGACAAAGCCCAGCCUGCAGAUUCAUUCAUCUCUUCACUCUUUUGCAACUGAGCCAAUGGUCUCAUUGCUCAAGACAGUUUAGGCCCUUGAUUUACACAAAUACUCAGUGAGAUCAAUAAUUUGUGAUUAUUUUACAGAGAAAAUAAUGGAAUUUUGGAGGUUAAAGUAUUUGCUUAAAUUAUACAAGCAAGUCUAGGCCUUUUGAUUCUCAGUUUAAAAGGUCUGUUUGAAAUCAUUUGUAAUGAUAUUUUUCUAAACAAUUUAAAGUGGCUGUACAUUUCUAGUACAUAUGAUCAAAAAAUUCUUGGUUGAAAGGGUGGGCAGGAGGGUAUCCAGGCUUUUUACAAAGAGGCUUCCAUCUUCUUGACCUAGCUUGUAUUAGGCCCUGCAUAAACUGUAUGUUCUACCCAGUCAUUCCUCACCCUCUGGCUCACCUGCCAUUGCUCAUGCCCUCACCCCACCAUUCUCUUCUUUCCCCAGUUAAAACCUUUAUUUAG